AUGCUGGCAAACAGGCUACCGACCAUUCACCGAACUUUGCGACAAUUCAACCCCGGACUUUCGUUCUCCGAACCCGCGACAAACCACACUGGCCGAUUAUUCAAGAGACAGUUCUACUAUGAGUCGGUUGAGUAUCAUCAGUCUCGAUUCGUCCAACCCUCACUCCCUUCGAACUCGGAUCCCAGCUCGAGAAUUAGGAUGAUUUUACUCGGUGCACCGGGGUCGGGUAAAGGAACCCAUUGUACAAAGCUAAUGGAAACAUAUGAUAUCAAUAUGAUUGGUACUGGCGACCUGUUGAGGUGGAACGUUGAUAAUCAGACAGAGGUGGGUAAGAUAGCUGAAGAAUACAUCUGUAAAGGCGCUCUGCUGCCUGAUGAUAUUAUGCUUGAGCUUGUGAAGCCCGAGAUCAAGAAAUUGAAGCACAGAAAUUGGAUUCUUGAUGGCCUGCCACGAACCCGGUCGCAAGCUGUGAAGCUCGACGAAUUCCUAGCCAAAGAGCUCGAUGACCAAUUGAACUUGGUCGUGUCCUUGGAAGUCCCUGAUGAAAUCAUCAUGAAGCGCAUCACUAGUCGAUGGAUCCAUGCGCCCACUGGUAGAGUCUACAAUACAACGUAUAACCCGCCUUUGAUCGAGGGAAAGGAUGACUUCACAGGCGAAUUAUUGACAAAGCGGAAGGACGAUACGGUUGAAGUGUUUGCGGAGCGGCUGAAGUCCUUCCACCUACAGAACCAACCCCUGCUUGAUUACUACGACCCCCAAUUCGUGAUUUCCGGACAUCACGAUCUCCGUAAACGCAAGAAACUUGUCCAUUUCUUUGGCGACAGUAGCGAUCAAAUCUGGCCCGAAAUGCAGAAAGCUAUCCAACAACGUUUCCCCGAUGUUAUCCCGCGCAACAAUCCUAACAAGGCCAACAAAUCUUAA